AUGGCGGACGAAAAACAAACUUCGGUUGAAACUCAAUUUACUAAAGUGAGUACCGAAGAAGGAUCUAACUUUUCGCAAUCACCUUCACGGCCUCCGCUUCCUAAGUCUUUUUUGGCAUUUAAUCCUUCAAGACCUUCAGUUAAUGUUGAUGAAUUUGUUGAUCCUUUAGCUUUAGAUCAUAAUAUUGCUUUGCGUGGAAAUUUUGAAAAAACUUUUGGGAAUUCAAGACAAACUGACCACGGAUUACAAAGUCAACAAAGAUAUUUUAAACAAAAUUUUGAAAAUAAUUUUGGUAAUCUAAGAAAGUCUGAUUAUGGAUUUCGAACGUAUCAACAAAAUUCUAAAGGCAACAGAAGUCCAGGAAAGCGUGAUAACAAAAAUAGAAAUAACAUGUUUAAUCCAAAGGUUUCAAAGAAACCUCGGUUUGAAGAUAAUAAUGUAAAACCGAAUAUAAGUAAAUAUUUCAAAGAAUCCUUCUUGGAAGAUCCAUGGGCUCAUUUGUUUUCGAUGAAAUAA